UUGUUCUUAGAUAUGUAUAUUACCUAAUUGUGUAAAAAAGGGAACCACUCUGUAACGACGUCAUUGGGAAUGCGUAUAAAUUUUCUGCUCCUCGCAGCAGGAGGUAUUCACUCUACGUGGUGUGUACUCGAAACGACGGAAGAUGGGGCAUAGACUUUUGAUAUGCUGUGUAGUUGGGUUGAUAAUAUUAGGCUGCGUACAAGCUGAUAAAUAUGGCGGGGGAGCUCACCACGAGCCAGGUGGAAGUCAUCAUUAUGAAGAAGGCGAGGGUGGACACUACGGGGGCGCAGGUCCUCACCAUGGUGGUGGCGAAGGACUUCAUCUAGGAGGGGAAAAAGAACAUUACCAAGGCGAAGGACAUCAUCAUGACGGAGAAGGUCACCAUAAGGAUGUUGACGAUAAACACCAUUACGGACACGGUGGAGAACACCAUUAUGGUGGAAGUGAAGGACACCAUGAAGGUGGAGGAGAAUGGCAUCACAAAGGUCAUGGUAACAAACACAAUUACGGACAAGGUGAACAACACCAUCAUGGCGAGGGUGGUGGAUAUCAUCAUGGUGGAGGUGGAGACCAUCAUGGUGAAGGCGGAAAACACCAUGGGGGUGGAUACCAUUAACUUCGAUAGCUUUAACAUUUUGUGUUAAAAUUUAAUCUAGAAUACAAUAAACGAUUUCAAUGCACGUA